UGACAACUGUACUUCUUUAUUAGAAAAAAAUAAUGUAAGUGUUGAAGUUUACACACCUCCCAUAGUUUGAAGUAGUCAGUCUGUACUAUCCAACCUGUUUGUUCAACUUCAAAAUACACUUAACAAAUAGGUUUAGUCAACAUAUAAGGAUAGUUGUGAGGUCAUUAAUUACCUAAUUAGAUUAUUAAAUUGUUCUUACUCCAUCUUAUAAUCAUGGUAUUACUUGGCCUCUAAUCUUAAAGCAUUAAAGGGUUUGCUUAGGAGCCAAGAUUUUUUGGAUAUAUUGAUUUAUUUAAGAAUGAAAUCAAAGAAAAUUUUACCCUAUAUAUACCCCUCCAUAUUUCUUCAUUUCAUCAACUUGAAGCAAUCCAUCAUAAUCCUAAUUUAUUAGUAUUCUUGAAAUAAUGGCAAUCAAAGUCCAUGGUAUCCCCUUGUCAACUGCAACCAUGAGAGUUGUUUCUUGCCUUAUUGAGAAGGAUUUGGAUUUUGAGUUUGUCUUUGUUGAUAUGGCCAAUGAAGAACACAAGAAGCACCCUUUCCUUUCACUCAAUCCUUUUGCCCAAGUACCAGCAUUUGAAGAUGGGGACUUAAAGCUCUUUGAAUCAAGGGCAAUCACUCAAUACAUUGCUCAUACUUAUGCUAGCAAUGGCAUUCAACUAAUACUCCAAGAUCCAAAGAAAAUGGCCAUUAUGUCAAUAUGGAUGGAAGUAGAAGGCCAAAAAUUUGAACCACUUGCUUCAAAAUUAACAUGGGAGCUAGUCAUAAAACCAAUGAUUGGCAUGGGCAGUACAAAUGAUGAUAUUGUGAAAGAAAGUGAAGAACAAUUGUCUAAGGUUCUUGACAUCUACGAAACUCGAUUGACAGAGUCAAAAUACUUAGGUGGUGACUCCUUUACACUUGUUGAUUUGCAUCACAUACCAAAUAUAUACCAUUUGAUGAAUACAAAAGCUAAGGCACUGUUUGAUUCGCGCCCUCGUGUGAGUGCAUGGUGUGCUGAUAUAUUGGCUAGGCCAGCUUGGAUGAAGGGCUUGGAGAAGCUGCAAAAAUGAAAAAAAAUGAAAAUAAUGACCACAUAUAUCCAUGUUUUUUCAGAAGCAUUUCUGUAUUAGUAUGUUGUGUUUCCUGUCUGAAGUUGUUGUCUUGCAAUACAAUAAACAGUGAUCUAUAUCUAUGUGAUUUUACUAGUUGUACUGAUGUAUAUAUGGUACAUUCAAGUCAUUUAUAAAAUGAUUGUGCGCUAUAUUUCUG